AUGUCCGACCACGAGAAACCAUCAUCUCGGGAAGCCAUUGGCGUAUCCCGAACCAACACGUUGAUUGGUGCCGAAUCCAAUGAUUUAGAAAGCGGACCACAAAUAAUACUUGAUCCCGGAAAAGAGGAUCUUGGAGUCGUGCAAACCGUACAUGUCAUACCAGACGGAGGGCUGAAGGCAUGGUCAACAGUGCUGGGUUCAUGGCUGGUCAUGAUCGCAACGUUUGGGUAUAUGGCAAGCUUCGGUGUUUUCCAAGCAUUUUACGUCGAAGACCUCCUGCCCAACUACUCAGCCUCCGAGAUCGCAUGGAUCGGGGGCAUACAAAUCUUCCUUCUCUUUUCUAUGAGCAUUGUGUCAGGCAGGCUAUUUGACGCUCACAAAUUCCGAGCAACUAUGCUGGUCGGUAGUGUGUUGCACAUCGGAUGCUGCUUUGCUCUGAGCGCUGCCCAACCGGGCCAGUAUUACCAAUAUUUCUUAUCCCAAGGAGUUGGACAAGGCUUGGCUAUGGGCCUCAUGUACCUACCUUCAGUGGCCGUACUUGCGCACCAUUUUGCGAAGAAAAGAGCACUGGUAAUCGGGAUCGUAUUCACAGGCUCGGCAUUGGGGGGUGUUAUAUUUCCUAUUCUCGUAAACAACAUCUUCCAGAAGAACGGCUUCAGGUGGGGUGUUCGUGCUGCCGGAUUUCUUCUCCUUGGACUGCUAGCCCUCGCCAACCUCUUGAUGCGACCUCACUAUAAUCCGGCGCAUAAGAAAAUGGCAAAACCGAGCAUUCUUAAACUUCUGCAAGACCGCGUGUACACCUUCAGCAUGCUUUCCGCGCUCUGCAGCGGUUGGGGCCUCUUCUUCCCAUUCUUUUACCUGGAGUUGUACGCUACCUCUCAUGGAAUUGACCAGACUAUUGCGCUUUAUACGAUCGCCAUCACGAACGCCGGCUCCAUCCUCGGUCGAGUAGUGCCAAACGUAUUCGCUGAUCGGUUCGGACCGAUCACUUGUCAAAUACCAAGCCAGUUCGUCAGCGCAGCUCUGAUAUUCGCUUUGUUCGGUAUCAAGGACCAAGGAAGCUUGAUCGCAUUCUCCGUCUUGUACGGUGUGUUCUCCGGGGCAGUUUUCAGCCUGUUUGCACCCAUGCUGGCCGUGAUGGCCGAUAGUAUGGCAGAAGUCGGAAUUCGCAUGGGUCUCGCCUUCUUUGUUAUGGGCGUCGCCGGCCUCACCGGCACCCCAAUCAACGGAGCGUUGAUCGGCAGUGGCCCUAACUACAGCUGGUGGAAAGCAAUCGUUUUCAGCGGGACCACACUGCUGACUGGAGCAUGCCUGAUGACGUUAACACGUUACCUUUUCCAGCAAAAGAGACAGAAACGCUGGGUGUAGAUACCGAACUCGACAGACCAAGUGAUCUAUGCGCUUGAGAUGCAAUCUAGCAAAUAUUUGUCUUCGCAAUACACUUGGAUUGAUCGAGCAGCAGACAACCUGGUAUACUGGUAUAGCACAAGACGACCAAACG